UGGAGGUUGGGUCACAUGAGCCAAGUCAGUGGCAAACUGGGCUUUCCAAGCAGCGCCAUAUCACUGGAUGCCGCAACACCGUAUGAAAAAUAAUCAGAGGACACUAAAAGGGAAACAUUAGUGAUUAGCCAGAUGUGGGCACGUCUGUUUGAAAGGUGGUCAAGCAGUGACUGGCUAGUUAAAAUGACCGACGCUAUCCGCCUGUUCAUGUGACCACAAGGACCAAGUGUAGCACAUGAUCCUGACCAGCUGAGAGGUCGAGAAGUAGCGAGAGUUGACAGCGCAUUGAUCAUUGGGCUCACCAGAAACCUCAAGAUUUAACCGUCACAUGUCAGAGAUAAGUAUAGAAGCCCGCUGAUCUUAGCCAUGGCAUCCAAAUCAUCCCUGCUGAAAGUCAUUCUACUGGGAGAUGGUGGCGUCGGGAAGUCCUCCCUCAUGAACCGUUAUGUGACCAAUAAAUUUGACACUCAUCUCUUCCACACCAUCGGUGUGGAGUUCCUCAACAAGGACCUGGAGGUGGACGGCCACCUGGUGACUAUGCAGAUCUGGGACACGGCGGGCCAGGAGCGGUUCCGCAGCCUCAGGACUCCAUUCUACCGGGGCUCCGACUGCUGCCUACUCACCUUCAGCGUAGACGACAGCCAGAGCUUCCACAACCUGGGCAACUGGAAGAAGGAGUUCAUCUACUACGCGGACGUCAAGGAGCCGGAGAGUUUUCCAUUCGUGGUGCUAGGGAACAAGCUGGACGUAACCGAGCGGCAGGUGUCUUCGGAGGAGGCACAGCAGUGGUGCCAGGAGAACGGCAACUACUCGUACUACGAGACCAGCGCCAAAGACUCCACCAACGUAGCGGCGGCCUUCGAGGAGGCGGUCAGACGGGUACUGGCCAUGGAGGAGCGGACAGAGCACCUCAUGCCAACGGACACGGUCAACCUGCACAGGAAGCCCCGCUCUGGCGCCUGUUGUUAAUCGUGUGAGAACUAAUACAUGACAUAACGACUGGUUAAAACCCUAAGGAUCCCCUGUUCCCCACUCACACAUAAUGUCAAUGCUUAUUGCACAUGGACAAACACACUAAUAAGCACUGGUUGGUUUCACUUGGUGACAUUCCGUUGAACUUGACUUUUGAGAAGUUUUGGGCUGGAGCCCGUGAUCAAUUUGUCGAAGCUAAUAUGAAGGGUAGAUGACCAAUCAGUGUAAAAUUUUUAAUUCAGAGCCUGAAAUCAAUGGUCAGCAUUUGAUGUAUUGUUAUGAUAAAUAAAGCACUAUAUUCUAAUAUUGUAACAGUGAGAAAUUGCAAUAAAUAUAUUUUAAUAAGUAAUUUCAA